AAUUAAUUAAUAAUAAACAAGUUCGUCAAAAAAAUCUUCACCCGCCACUGAACCAUGAAGAAGAAGAUCCUUCUCUAAUUCCUAUCGCCGGAUCUGCAAAAACAAAUCACAAAUCAAAUCAAUGGAAGAAGAAGAUCUGAUUCUAUCUCCAUCUCCAUACGAUCUUCUCUUUCAAGCUCUAACUCUCAUCCCGAUUCGUCACUACCUCAUCGCUCUCUUCGUUCUCUGUACCAUCUUCUUCUACAAUUUCGUCGAAUUUCACUUCCUUGGAGAUGCGAUUCUUCGUUAUUUCAGAUGUCGCGUCAAUCUCAUUUACAAUCCAGAUUCUCCUCUUUAUCACGGUGUUGUUUCUCGGUGUCAGAUUCUUCACGGCCGAUAUGUGGCGACGCCAUGGUUAGCGAGCCCUCAUAUUCAGACUUGUUUCUUGAAUUUCCAUGGAUUGCCUCCAGUUUUCACCUAUACAAGACAGCUAUUUCUUACUUCUGAUGGUGGAACGAUUGCAUUAGAUUGGCUUACGAAUUCUGAUGUUCUUGAUGGUUCUCUUCACAAUAAGAGUGAAAUUACAAAAGAAGAUACAACGCCUAUAGCUGUUGUUAUUCCAGGGUUAACUAGUGAUUCUUCAUCUGCAUAUUUAAAGCAUCUUGCUUACGACACUGCAAAAACAGGUUGGAAUGUUGUUAUUAGCAACCAUAGAGGAUUGGGAGGAGUUUCUGUUACUUCAGAUUGCUUCUAUAAUGCUGGAUGGACAGAUGAUAUAAGGGUAGUUCUUGAUUAUCUUCAACACAAAUACCCGAGGGCUCCUCUCUUUGCUAUUGGCACUAGCAUUGGAGCAAAUGUUCUGGUAAAAUACCUUGGGGAAGAGGGUGAAAAGACUCCUCUGAGAGGUGCUGUUGCUAUCUGCUCUCCAUGGGACCUCUUGAUUGGUGACAGGUUUAUCUGUCGGACUUUGAAACAAAAGCUCUAUGACAAAGCUCUCACCAUCGGACUCCAAGGUUAUGCCCAAUUGCAUGAACCUCAGUUUUUACGGCUUGCUAAUUGGGAAGGCAUCAAAAAGUCACGUUCCAUCCGAGAUUUUGACAACCAUGCUACCUGUCUAGUUGGAAAAUUCGAGACUGUGGAUACGUAUUACCGAAAAUCGAGCAGCACUCAAUACGUAGGAAAUGUGGCGGUGCCACUACUCUGUAUAAGUGCUCUAGAUGAUCCAUUAUGCACAAAGGAAGCUAUUCCCUGGGACGAAUGCAGGGCCAACAAAAACAUUGUCUUGGCUACAACAAAUCACGGGGGACAUCUAGCGUUCUUCGAAGGAUUAACUGGAUCUAGCUUAUGGUGGGUUCGAGCCACCAACGAGUUUCUUGGCGUCCUUAGCUGCAGUCCUUAUAUGCAUAUACAGAAAAUUGUAGAUAAAAGAAGCUCAGGGUCAGGGAAACAAGAGCCAUCGAUAAACCAAGGCCCGUACCUAAACAUUGCAGAAGACGGGUUGGUGGCAGCAGUCAAAUAUGAGCAAGACACCAAUAAGACCACACUGAAGCAGAGAGGGCGAAAGCCUGAGGAAGAUGUAACAAAGAAAAGCUUUAAAGAGCUGUGUAGGCAGACAAAACAGUCGGUAUGGUGGCUUGGUUACAUAGGCAUGGUUACAAGUUUCCCUUUACUUGGGAUGCUCCUAAACUACAUCUUCCGUAAGAAGCAACGACCCACAACAACAUCCACAUCCUGAAGUUGCUUUCUUUCUCAACAUCUCCAUUCACUCAUUCUUCUAUCUGUUAACCUAUUAUCGAUUAUUGAGAAUGUUAAUAAUCAUCUAAUUUUUUUUUAUCAUAAGCAUAGUAAUUAUGUAGAGUUUUCAUGAAGGAAAGGAGUGGAAUCGCUCAAACUCAUUUUUUGUCUUAUUAUUUCGGAGAAUCCUUUCAUUAAAACUGACUUCGAUCGAAGAUCAAAUCAUUUGGUUUGAGUAUAAGUUUAGAUGUUCCUGGAAAAUCAUAUUACUCUGAA